AUGCGCUUUUCGAUGCUUCAUCUAAUGCUCGCCGUCAUUGUGCUCGUCGCCGCCGUCGUCGUCGACGCCGGCACAUGGCUCUCGUUCAACGAUUUCAAAGAGGAUGGACUCGGCGAGCCGGUCCGCCAACUCGGCGACGUCGUCACGCUGUGUCAGCAAUCGCAAAAACGAAUGAUGAAGCGCACGAUGCGCGGCGUUCGAGCGACGCGCGCCGAAAAAGAGAACGACGCCAUCUGUCGAAUGCUCAUGAAAAUGGUGAGCCGAGACCAGCCGCCCGGCAAUUGA